GAGGAUUUGUGGUUAAAUAAGAUUGAUGUCCUGCUGUCUGGCUUUAUGAGUGAGAGAGAGAGAGAGAGAGAGAGACAGAGAGGAAGAGUGAGACAGGGGAAAAGCAUGGAGACCUUUGUCUUUCUGUUUCCUCAAUUUGACUUCUCUGCCCCUAAGGAGGAAGUGUCUUUCAAAAUGCUCGGCGAGACCGUGUGGCGUGCUACCAGAAUGAAAGACAGCCAAUCAAGAAAUAAGGACAAGGACAAAGAUAAGGACAAGGACAAGGACAAAAAGUAUCGACUCAGUCUCCUGAUGACCAGGUCUGGCUCGCAUGAAAAUGUGAGUCCAGAGAAAAAGGUGCCAGCGAAAACCAUAAACAUUCCACCUGAGGUUGCUUUGAGAUGGAGCACUUCCUUUGAAGAUUUACUGGCACAUCCAGAUGGACUGGAGACCUUCACGCAAUUCCUGCGCUCCGAGUUCAGCGAGGAGAACAUCGAGUUCUGGUUAGCGUGUGAGGAUUACAAAAGCACCACGUCCCCUGCUAAUCUACAAUCCAAGGCCAAGCAAAUGUACGCAGUAUUUAUUGAUGCUGAGGCGCCCAAAGAGAUCAAUAUUGACUACUCAACCAAGCUGGACAUUCAGAAGAACAUUGCACAACCAACGCAGUCGUGUUUCGAUUCAGCGCAGAACAAAAUCUACGUCUUGAUGAAGAAGGACUGUUACCCACGUUUCCUCACAUCAGACAUCUACCUGAGCAUAACCAAGAGGAAAGCAGCUCCUGUCAUGACCAGGAGAAGGUCUCGAUCUUUUGUCUUCAGUGACCGCGAGGAUAACGCAGCAGCCUGGUUGUAGCUCCUCGACGUCAGUUAGUAGAAUAGUUUCAACAAUCAUAGCUGUGCGUUUUUCGCACUCAGUGUCUCGGACAGUAUUUUUUCCUCUGGGUCAGCAAAAGAGGUGAGCUUAGAUUCAAAUUUGCAGAUUUGAUCAAAUGACAUCACUGCCAAUAUUGCUUCAUGUACUCGCUUAGCAUAAAAUACUGCUAUUUAUAGCUAGAUAGUGGGCAUACAGGACCGUGUUAAGGCUAGCAAGCUAAAUAUUGAACUUAAACAACAUCAACAUCAACAUUGCCUGUCUAGCAGUAGCUUAUAUUUCGUCGCUAUCCAAGUUCACCAACAAGCUACGUUAAAUGAGAAACUGCUUGAUGGUCAGAUGGUGUUUAGUUUGAUUUUCAGCUACAAGGCAAAUCACAGGUUUAUAUCAACGUGCUUGUUAAAAUGCAAUGCGUUAUCGUUGCUAUAGCAGCCGCUUGUUCUCAGGGACUUCUCUCAGAUGAUAGACAUUAUCUAAAACUAAUAAAAAUGGAUUAAAAGUGUUAAACAUGUUAACAAAGAAUGACAUCUAAUCAAUGGAUAUCAUAAGAUUGUUCUGUAAGAAGGCAGUAUUUAACAUUUAUGGAAGGAGUCUCCAGUGCCAGAGCUUUGGAAAAGAGUAUAGGACCAAGGAGUUUGUAUAACAAGCUAUAUUUGUGUGUGUGUGUGUGUGUGUGUGUGUGUGUGUGUGUGUGUGUGUGUGUUAGUUGUUAACAUUAAAAUAAAGAAAAAUGGUGAGAGAAAGACUGUUUAUUGCUGCUAUAAUGUAGUGUCUUGCAAAAGUAUUCAUCCCCCUUGGUGUUUGUCCUGUUUUGUCACAUUACAAGCUGGAAUUAAAAUGGAUUUUUCGGGGGUUAGCACCAUUUGAUUCACACAACAUGGCUACCACUUUAAAGGUGCAAAUUGUUGUUUUAUUGUGACCCAAAGAAUAAUUAAGAUGAACAAACAGAAAUCUGGAAUGUACAUAGGUAUUCACCCCCACAAAGUCAAUACUUUGUAGAGGCACCUUUUGCUACAAUUACAGCUGCAAGUCUCUUGGGGUAUGUCUGUAUUAGCUUAGCACAUCUAGCCACUGGGAUUUUUGCCCAUUCCUCAAGACAAAACUGCUUUAACUCCUUCAAGUUAGAUGAGAUGCGUUGGUGGACAGCAAUCUUCAAGUUAUGCCAUAGAUUCUCAAUUGGAUUAAGGUCUGGGCUAUGAUUAGGCCAUUCCAAGACAUUUAAAUGUUUCCCUUUAAACCACUCCAGUGUAGCUUAGCAGUAUGUUUAGGGUCAUUGUUCUACUGAAACGUGAACCUUCAUCCCAGUCUGAAACCUCUGGCCGACUGAAGCAGGUUUUCCUCCAGAAUUGCCCUGUAUUUAGUGCCAUCCAGCUUUCCUUCAGUCCUGACCAGCUUUCCUGUCCCUGCAGGUGAAAAAUAUCCCCACAGCAUGAUGCUGCCACCACCAUGCUUCACUGUAGGAAUGGUGUUCUCAGGGUGUUGGGUUUGCCCCACACAUGGCAUUUCCCAUGAUGGCCAAAAAGAUCCAUUUUAGUCUCAUUUGACCAGAGAAUCUUCUUCCAUGUGUUUGGGGAGUCUGCCACAUGCUGUUGGGCAAACUGCAAACAUGUUUUCUUAAUAAAACAACAAGUGGUAGGCAUGUUGUGUAAAUCAAAUGACGCUAACCCCCAAAAAAUCCAUUUUAAUUCGAUCUUGUAAUGCAACAAAACAGGACAAACACCAAGGGGGAUGAAUAUUUUUGCAAGACACUGUACAUGAUAACUUGUUUUGCAACAUUAAAUGUACAAUCUAUACAAUUCAAGACGUGAUGCUAUCGGAAACUAAUCAGCUUCGAGGUGAUAACAGGAAGUCAACUCGACAGGAACACGUCAAGCAACAUGACGCCAUCCUGUCGGUGAUUAUUUUCCUAUAACAGCACACCCCCCAGAAUUCAAACCAGGAGCCAAAGUCGUUCGCAAGCUAGCUAAUCACAGAUAAAGUGUUGCAGCCAUGUCAGAUGAUCACAUUUGCAAUUUCCUGAUCACAUUUAACUUAUGCUUCACCCCUUGUUGUCCCAGGAACUCCUGUCACUAUGCAAAAUCCUGUUCAUGACAGUAUCAGUAUUGCAAGAUUUUUUUUAAUAGAAUAUCUGUUUACAGAAGUGUGAGUAUUAAACUGUGAACCAGGAAAUUUGUUUCUUGCUCUGAGAAGAUUUGUAUCUUUUAUGAAAGCAAUACAGAGAUAUUAGGGACUAAACCAUUUCACCGUUUCACCUUUCCUUCCAGUCUAGAUCAAUGUGUUAGUUUAUUAGUUCCUUCCUAAUCAGGAGAUUUAUUAUUAGCAUUGUGUUUUGUUUUGUUUUUUCACAUUAGGACAUGUUCACAUUCAAGUACUAACAUGAGCCUUGAAUUAUUUAUUGACUAAAACGUUUCCCUUUGCUCAGCCUUUCAUGCUAAUCUAUUUCUGUCUCCAUGAUUACAAUCAUAUCUUGAAUUUGUAAAUUGUAUAUACAACCUGUGUGAUAAACCACUGUAAAAUAAAAGCAUUUCUCAAUCAA